AAAUAAUGUCACCGAUGCAAUUGAAUUUCUACAGAAAAUUGAGCAACUUAAUCGAUGGUCGAGAAAAUUUGUCGUGCUAGACUGUCCGACCGACAUGGCAAAAGAUAUUGUAAAAACGCACGUGAGAGAUGUGACGUUGGGAAAGCGAACAUAUCAUUAUCUCCUUAGCGGUCUUAUUAUGGAUGAAAGAUGGGAAAGUGAAAUCAUUGAAUACGGUGCUAUUAACAUAACGGGAUUUCGCAUAUUAGAUACACACAAACGAUAUGUCAAAGAAUUUUUAGAUGGCUGGCGAAAAUUGGACGCAACAACAUCGCCAGGAGCUGGAAAGGAGCAGAUUUCGGCACAAGGAGCUUUGAUGUAUGAUUCAGUGUUUGUUUUAGUUGAGGCAUUUAAUCGUAUUUUACGUAAGAAGCCAGAUCAAUUUCGUAGUUAUACGAUGCGAAGGCAGAAUGGUCAAGCAGCUAAUACCACAGCAAAGUUUCUUGAUUGUAAUACGUCAAAAGGAUGGGUGACACAAUGGGAGCAUGGCGAGCGGAUAGCAAAAAAUUUGAGAAAAGUCGAAAUUGAAGGGCUUACGGGUGAAAUACGUUUUAAUGAUGAAGGCAAACGUAUCAAUUACACACUUCAUAUAGUUGAAAUGACAGUUAAUAGUGCUAUGGUGAAGGUAGCCGAAUGGUCAGACUUUUCUGGUAUAUCGGCUGUAUCGACGAAAUUCACGAGGAUAAAAAAUCACGACAUUGAGAAAAAUAAGACGUAUAUUGUUACGACAAUAUUGGAUGAGCCAUAUAUGAUGUUGAGGCAGCCUGACAUGGUGCCUGGUAAAGUUUUGGACGGAAAUGACAAAUAUGAAGGAUAUUGUAAGGAUCUUGCAGAUCUCAUUGCCAAACGAUUGGAUAUAAAUUAUGAAAUAAGAAUCGUUAAAGAUGGAAAAUAUGGUGCAGAAAAUCCAAAUGCCGUUGCUGGUUGGGACGGUAUUGUUGGAGAAUUAAUUCGUCAUGAGGCGGAUAUUGCUGUUGCAUCCAUGACUAUAACAGCGGAACGUGAACGAGUCAUUGAUUUUAGUAAACCUUUUAUGUCGCUCGGCAUAUCAAUCAUGAUAAAGAAACCCAUGAAACAGAAACCUGGUCUCCUUAGCUUCCUAAAUCCAUUAUCAAAAGAGAUUUGGCUAUGUGUAGUUUUUAGUUUUUUGGGCGUUAGUAUUGUACUAUACAUCGUAUCCAGAUUUUCACCACACGAAUGGCGACCCAUGACAGUCAUGACGCCAAAUAAUAACUUUAGUAUGCCAACGCAAACGAUAACGACGCAUCAGACCACUUCAGUUAAUGAAUUUACGUUACUUAAUUCAUUUUGGUUUGCAAUAGCUGCACUCAUGCAACAGGGUUGCGACUUUACACCGCGCUCACUGCCAGGUCGCAUAAUUGGUUCGGUGUGGUGGUUUUUUACUCUCAUAUUGAUAUCAUCAUAUACGGCAAAUUUAGCGGCAUUUUUAACAGUAGAACGUAUGGUCGCGCCCAUCAAUUCACCUGAAGACUUAGCAGCUCAAACAGAUGUGCAAUAUGGAACUCUAUAUCAUGGAUCGACAUGGGAUUUCUUUCGAAAAUCUCAAAUAUCAUUAUAUAAUAAAAUGUGGGAGUUUAUGAAUUCAAGAAAGCACGUUUUUGUUCAUUCCUAUGAUGAAGGUAUUCGUAGGGUUCGAACAUCAAAAGGAAAAUACGCUCUGCUUAUAGAGUCCCCAAAGAAUGAGUAUAUAAAUGAACGGGAGCCAUGUGAUACGAUGAAAGUUGGUAGAAAUCUUGAUGCUAAAGGAUUUGGCAUUGCCACCCCACUUGGAUCACCAUUAAGAGAUCCAAUAAAUCUUGCCGUUCUUCAUCUAAAGGAAAGUGGUGAGCUGGCGAAACUACAGCACAAAUGGUGGUAUGAGAAGACGGAAUGUAAAAAUGAUAAGGAUAAUCCAUUUGCCUCGAGGAGUGAGCUCUCGCUUUCGAAUCUAUCGGGUGUAUUUUACAUACUAAUUGGUGGUUUACUUGUCGCUCUUGCCAUAUCACUCGUCGAGUUUUGCUUUAAAAGUCAAAAAUCGCCAACGACCACAUCGCUUACAUCUAAUUCCAUGCAAAUGACAGACACAAUGAAACCGAAGGGUCGACUUCCGAUAACAAGUGCCAGAGAUUAUGAUAACGGACAGUACUAUCCACAAAGUCCAUCGAUGGAUCAUUCAGCCCAUGAGGGUCAUCACAUCAAUGCCCAUCCGCAAACUUGAUGUCACAAUGCGUAGGAGUCAAAGAAUCAAAAUUAUUUCAUCAACUCCUACGCAUUAAAUACAUUCAGCGAUAAGACAUUGAAUAAUCAACAGAUCAUCCAGCAUCUAAAUCCACAAACAACAAAUAGUAGUCAUUUUAUUAAUCAAAAAUCUCCUAAUUGAUAAUCAAUUAAUAAUGAUGUAGACGAUAAUAAUUGAAUUUGAAACACAAAAGGAAUCGAUCGUCGAAUGAGAAAAAUGAAAAUCCUUUUUCUCAUCAACAGAACAUAAGCUUAUAAUAGGAAUUAAAAUUGAAGGAAUAAGAAAUUAUCUCUCAUUUAGUAUUGUAUUCGAUGGAUAUAAUCCUUUUGAAUGGGGGAUAAUUUUUUGGUUAAUAUCAGGGGGGUAACAACAUGGUGGGAAAGUUUUUUUGACUUGAAAUAUUGAAGAAAUUUUAAUCAUUUUUCACUUUGAAAAUUUUGUCGAGAUAAAAGUGAAAAUUUUUCCAUUAUGUUAUUAUCCCCCUUGGUUUAUAUCAAGGGGAGAACAGCUUGUUGGGCGAAAAUUUUUAAAUCAAGCCAAAAUAUUGAAAUAUGGAAAUUGAUGAUAAAUCUCACAUAAAAAUUUUUCCCAUCGUGUUGUUAUCCCCCUUGGUUUAU